AAGCUGCAGACUGAGGGAGCGCAACACGCUGCAGCUGCACCGCUGCUCGCUGCACUUGAAGCAGUCUCGUGUUUUCUACAUUUCUACACACAGCAACCCAACGACAGGCUUUGUACCUCCGCUGGCGGCACGGUGAACAAAAAGAUGCACCUCGAGUUGACUCUCCUUCCGAUUGUCGCUGCCCUCUUCUUGCCAGGAGCAUGGGGUCAGAGCGGCAGCAGCACGCUUGGCGUGGUGGUGGAGGCCAUGAACAUCACUCUCCCUGAAGGGUCCAGGGCCGUUCUGCCCUGCCACAGCCCCCGCAUGGUGUGGACCCAGGACCGACUGAAGGACCGUCAGAGAGUGGUGCACUGGGACUUGGUGCGCAGCAGCCCAGAGUAUUCUGUGGAGCGAGUCCUCGACAUGUCCCCCGGGGCCCGCCAGAGGGUCUACAAUGGCUUCAACAAGGGACGCAUUUCCGUCCAAGACUCUGCUUUCAAUGACGGCAACUUCUCCCUGAUCAUCAACAGUGUGGUGACAACUGACAAAGGGGUUUAUACUUGUAAUCUGCACCAUCACUACUGCCAGAUUCACCAGUCCAUUCAAAUCCAACUCAACGUCACUAAAUCAGCUCGGAAAGAGAGACGAUACUGGGACGGAGAGAAGACUGUGUACGUGGUCUUGUUGGGCAAGUCCGUGGUAUUGCCCUGUGUGAACCGGCGCCCCCUGUGGAGAGAGGGUCUCCAGGAGGAUCAGCAGCAAGUGGCUCACUGGGACUUCCAGCCUCCCGGCGUGCGUCCCGACAGGGCCGGCCGCCUGGUGGACCUCUACGCCUCCGGAGAGCGCCGGGAUUACGGGCCGCUCUUCGGACAGAGCAGGAUGAGCGUGCAGGAGGACGCGUUCACUUUAGGAGACUUCUCGCUGUCCAUUUCUGACUUGAACCCGGUUGAUAAAGGCCUGUACUCCUGCCACCUGCAUCACCAUUACUGCGGUCUGAGUGAGAGACGCAUCUUCAGGCUCACUGUGGGACCUCCGCUUCCAUCCGUACCCACUACAGCACCCAGGAUCAUCGAGAAUGAUGUGCCAGCGCCAAGGACUGAAGUGGUGGAGGGCCCACGUGUGGUGAAUGUCAUCCUCCCUGAGCAUCGCGGUUAUUUCGUGCAGCACUUGGGAUACUUCCUGGCAACUUUCUUACUGCUGGCCUUCAUCGUUGUCGCUGUUAUUGUGCUGACUCGACGACGCAAAAAGCGAGGUCUGGAGUAUGACCCGCGUCGACCGGAUCAUGGAAAUAUGAUCAGUGGAGGUGAAAUGUCAUUAGACUGCACAGAGCUGAGGACCUGUCACCAAGAACCUAUGAAUUCAGACCACAAAAACAACCUACUGAAAGAGAGAGAUAUGGUCAAAGACUGCAAUAAGGAGUUUGAGAAGCUGUGGAAGUGAGAGCGAUAUUUCUGGGAUGCUGCUGGCAGGUCCAGGGCAAACACCGGAAGAGUAAAGGACUGGAGAGAAGGGGGGAAAAGAAGGAAACCCAGGAGAGGACAGGAGGAAUGCUCCCUCUGCUGUAACUCUGACACACUAAGCGUUUUCACUAAAAGCCACCACAUUUUUUUGAAAAGUCUUAUAUAUAUAACUUGCAUUUUCACCAGCUCUUAUAACAUUACAAUUACACAUAUAUUUGAUCUUUAUUUUUUGCAUUCAUUGAAAAAAUAGUUUAUGUUGAAUGAAUAUUAGGCUUUUUUUUUAUCAUUUAUUUUUCUUUUAUAAAAAUGCAUGCUGUUUUAUUAAAGUAUGUUUUAUGUGUACUUUGCAUGCUUUUUGAGAUUUGAUCAUUUUCUUUUUUGCACAAAUUUUGCUUUACUGUAAUAUGUAAAGGAUUAUUCUCAUGUUUCAAAGGUAAUAUUAGUAGAGGUAGACAGUUGACAGUUUCAGACAGUGGUUGAAAACAAGUGCCACACAUUUCUAGCUGCAUAAGACUACUUUUUUUUCUCUUUUUUUUCCCCGAAACUUAACUGUGGUCAUCAUGUAUUUUAGAAAUGCAGACAGCCAGAUUUAAUUUUUCUUUAAUAUAAUAUGGUUCCCAAUUGGUUCCUUGGUAAUUUAUCAAGUGAAAAAAUAGUGAAAUUGUAUGACCCAGUCUCCCAAAACUCAGGUAAAGAAAAAGAAAAAAAUCUUUUAACCAUUUAUUUGGUUUUAAAGGCCUGUGGUAAACCUACUUGUUUGCAUCAAGCAUGCUUAAAGUACCCAGGUUUGUAAAACACUGACUUUUCAUUACUAAACCUGCUGAUAAAGGUAUACAAUCUGUUUUAAAAUGUGCGGCUGAAGCUCUGAGGAUUAUUGCAGGAAGAAGAGUGUCUACUAUGUCAGUAAUGCUAAAUCACAAACUGUAUUCCUAACUCUCUCUGAUGUUGGUCUCUUCUAAGAAAAGAUGUAUUCUAUUAAAGAUUAGCACCAGUGGCC